UUCAAAUUGUUGAAAUCCGUCGCCAAAAGCUAUUAGCACGGAAACUCAUUAUUCAUUCGUGUGAUUUCAAUUCACAUCUCUAUUCUCUUUGCACUGCAUCUUCUUCUUCAUCUUCAUCCAUUUUCAACUCAAAAUCCAAUAAGCUCUAACAUUGAAUUUGGGUGUCAAAUUUACAGGAAUGCUUAGUAAACGCCAGUUACCAUCAUGGAUGAUGCAGAAGGUUGAUGCAAGCCAUGUGAAUAAAUCUGAAAAUGUUGCUGAAACUAAUUGUUCUAAGGAAAAUGGAGACAUCGUUAUAGAAAAUGUGACGAAGAAAGAUCAGAAGAAGGAAACUUCGAGGAGUAAGUCAAACUUAAAUGCGAGGCGUGAAGUUAAGAGAAGAAGAAAUUUAGACCAACAGGAUGGAAGUGAUGAUAAUGUUACUCAAAAGAAAAAGAAGAGAAAAGGCAAUAGGUCUAGGGAUAGAGUUUUAAGAUCUUCGAAAAAGAAGGACCAAAAUUUAGAGGAUCUUAGCCAUGGUAAUGAUGAUGAUGAUGUAUAUCGAGUUCAAGUAUCUGAUGAUGAUGACAUGGAGCUCACAGUUGAAGAUUUAGUGGCUAUAGCAGAACAGUAUGUCAAAGAUCAUGAGAGCAAGGAGAGGCAAGAAGCAUCUAAACAGUGUGAAUCAAAUUGGCAAUUUUCAGCCUCAACUGAAACAGGAACUACACGUGGUGCCCUUUGUGAGAAUGAAAGAUCAUCUAGUUCUGAAGGGGAAGGUUUAUAUAAUUCUGCUCCAACAACUGGCGAGUUAAUUGCUACAAGCUCAUCCUACACAGAUCAUCCUGCUCUGGACAUGUUGGACGUGUUCUUAGGUCCAUUGUUUAGGACAACCCUUGAGAAGGAGAAGAGCAAAUCUACUCAAGAAAGUUUAUAGAGAUAACCCAUGAGUUCACGAGGCAACAUCAAGAUGAACUUGUUUGAGAAGAAAGGGCCCCUUUAUAAAGAAAAGAAAACUUUGAAAGACAAGGUGGCAUUGUUUCUUGGCUGAGAUAUGUAGAUUAAACAACACAAAUAUACAUCUCAUGACAAGGCAAUGAAUCAGAAUCAUUGCACUGACACAAAGUAAUAACUUCACUUUGACAACUGCAGUCUCGCCCUAGUUGGUCAAAAUUCCUCAGUGAUAAUGUUGAUGCAGGUGUAUUUAGUUCCUUAUAGAUCAAAUUCUGGUACGAAAAAACUAAAUGCCAAUCACCCCAUUGUCAGGGGAGUGGGGAGGCUUGAGAGAGCUCAUCUUUACACAACGGUGCAGAAUAUAUGAUUGACAUAUCAUAAAGUAAAAGGUUAUUAGAGGCUGCUACUAUGAAGAUUCCAUGGUGCAUUAUGAUCACAUCAUCUAUAGAAGUCAGGCAAGCAACGUAAUUAGCAUGAGCUCUCGUAUCUCCUUGAACUGUAGAGCAUUUGGAUUUAAUAUUGAUGAUGAAUGAGAGAAGAUAAUAAAGUAAAUUGCAAUGAUUAUAGAAUAUGGAUGUUUAUGUAGAUUAGGUUGUUUAUCAUGUAGGCUUCAUGGUUGUUUUUUUUAAAUCUUGCCCAUACCUUGAUAAUUUGAUAUUAAGUUCAGGGUUAUGGUCUGAGAAAGGAGGGGAUGCCUUAUGGUAGUUGCUGUCUGUAUUGUCCUUUGGUGCCUUUGGUUGUAGAAAAAUGCUUGUGUCUCUUAAGGGGAAAUCUUUGUACACAGAACUGAUUUAAUAGCCUUUUUAUAUGGUUCA